AAACAUUUUGCAUAUCAUUUGGUGUGGUUGGUUUUGAAAAAUACAAAAAAUAUAAAAAAGACAACAGAAGCAGCAUCAUAAAAUUAAACUUAAUCGUGUUGAUGAUGUUCAUUAAACGAACGCAAUCAUAAUAACUGCCAGGGAAGCAAAUAUUAAGCACAAAAUGGUGUAAAAAUUAAUUAAGGCCCUAAUAGCUGUGAAGCAUUUUUUUUCUGUGUUGUGGCCACAAACACGCCGCUUGAGUAAAACGCAUUUCGUAUUUACGUAUUUACCCACACCGACCUAAUAAUGUAUAAUUUAAAUCGCUUUCUGCGGAGUUUAAGGGAGAUUGAGUAACCCAAUUUGAGCGAUUAUAAUUAAUAACAUUAUUUUCUUUUAUAUUCAAGUUAUUUUUGUUUUAGCUUUAUGACAGCCAUAACAUUUUGUUUAAUGGUUUGAUGAAAGGUUAAAGGUUUUCUCUCUUUACAACAAUUUUGACUUUUAUGUCAUUUAUCUUUGUUGAUAUCAUAAUUCUUACUAAAGCCUGAGAUAGAGAAAUCUCUCAAAUACAAGGCUCUGCUUUUCCCAUCAAACCCUUGAGAUACUUUUCUAUUCCACUUGACCUGCUUGUUCGGUUCAGUUCACAUUUUGUUUGAAUUUGGAAUCUUUUGGUAUAAAUUCAUCGAAUCGUUCGAGGGAACUUCCACUAAAUUGGAGAACUUUUACACACACACAGUACAUCCUUCAACAUGACUUUUACCUAUAAGGAACUCAUAGACGUCGCCAUUGGCUCCCCGGAAUCGGGUCAUGUUAACUUUUAUGCUUUGCAUGUGUUGCUCACGUGCUUUGCCCAAAGAUUGGAGGUCCUCGAUGAAGUUGUCGAGCAAGAGGAUUACAUGGUGGCCAAUGUCCGUAUGCAGACCAGCCUAUUAACCAUGGGUAAUACCUCAAAGUUCCGUCUUUUUGCUGGUGCUGAUGCCGAAGAGGCAGAAGCCGCUGAGCCAGCGGCUGAAGCACCUGCUGGAGAGGAGGCAGCACCUCCGCCCGCUGAAGAAGCUGCUGCACCAGAGGAACCCGCUGCAGAAGAACCCGCUGCAGCAGAACCCGCUCCAGCAGAACCUGCACCAGAGGAGCCCCCGCCGGAGGAAAGUGCUCCGCCAGAAAUUGGCGCCGCAACACCAGAGGCAGUGGUUUCCAUGCACGAAGCGGUUUACGAGGAACCACCGCCUCCGGAAUCUCAAACAGAAUCAAAAGUACAAUUGGAGCAAUCCACUGAUGGCAAGGCAGAUGAGUUGUUUCCACAGGCAUCAAGGGUCUCGUCAAGGUCCUCCACUCGCGACAGGCGACAUGAGGGCUCGGUUAUCAAUAACUUAUCACGUCUCGAAAGACGUCUCUCGAAAGUGGAACUGCAAAAGGAGCAAGCCCAAAUGGAGGUCCAACAAUUUCUUAGCGAUUUGACCUCUCAGCUUAAGGUCACCAUGGAGCAGGUGAACAAUGUGACCCAUCUGCUGAUCGAUCGAAAACCAAAUCCGCACAGGAUAAAGAUGCUCCGUCACAUAGCCAAGCAAUUGAGGGUCCUGAUGGUAAAUACAGCCGAUGAGGUUUCGGUAAGUUGGUCAAGUGGUGAAAUUAUGGGUGCCGAAGAGGAGGAGGGUCUCUCCGAAGAGGAAAUGCCAGAAGAGUCCAGUGCGCCCACCGAGGUGGAGAAACCCGAGGAAGAAGAGGAUUUGGGCUUAGAGCAGACCCUAUGCUAUUCACCAGAGAAAAUGCUGAGUGAGUUGCUGGAUUUGAAGACACAGUUCUGUGCCUUGACCAAUAAGGUCAAUGAACUGGCGGCUGCCCUCCUACAACAGGACUCCCAGAGACUGAUGGACAUGAUGAGAGAUCUUUCGGAUACAGUCCGAGACAUCAAGCUCUAUAUGGCCAGCAAUAAGGAGGCCACCAACACUAUGAUGAUUCGCCUUAAUGAAUGUGUUAUUCAGAUACAAGUCUUGAAGAAGUCUGCUUCCCAUUUGGAUGAGGUGAAGAUGGACAAAACCGAGGUGGAACUUCUGCUGGCCGAGAAGGUGGACUUCCAGCAACUGGCCACCAAAGUAUCACUGGAACAGCUCGAAGAAUACAAGGCCAGAUUGGAGCAGAUGUUUUGCGAGGUGCGGCACAUUGUCAGCUUAAAUGAGAAGAAUGUCCUGCAGAUUAUCGAUAAUCUUCGAAUGACCCUGGGCAUCGAUGCCUUGGAGCUGAGUCUCAAGGACUUCCGGGAGAUGAUUGAGCGCAAGGUGCACAUGAUAGCCGAGGCAUUGCAAAAGUACAUGGAGAUGACCAAUGAUGAUUGUGCUGCCGCCGCCGGCAGGGUCAAGGUUAUGCAAGAUUUGGCCUGCCUGGCCUGCGAUACCACCUGUGUUAUGCGAACUGUGGAAAGAUCUAAGGUGCCAUCCUUGCCAAAUGCUAAGGGUUCUACUGGUCUGGGCCCCAUUGUCGCCUAUGAACUGGGUCAGAUUCGUAAGUCUGGCAUUAUGGGUUACUAUCGCAAGGACGAGUUCCCCCAUUCGCCAAGUGCCUGGAACAAAGGUACCCCCGGCGUUCCCAUGGUCAAGUGUACUCCUAGGCAUGCAGGCGGUAGUCAUACCAUCCAUACCGCCGAUGAGCACAUGCAGAAAGUGGUGCUGUCCAAGAGGAACACUGGAUGGAAAUAGGUUCUUAAAUAUCUUGAUUUAACUUAUAACUAAGAAGUUAAGGUAUCACGUUUUUUGGUAAAUAGACAAAAUUAAAGAUAUUCCUGUGAUAUGGAGCUUAUAAAAAAUAUUAAAAUAAUUAAAUAUAAUAAAAAUUGAAAUUAAAUAAAAAGAAAAAAUAGUGUUAAACGUUAACUAAACAAUAUUAAGAACUAUUUUUGUGAAGAAAAGAAUUUUAUGUCCAUGAGUUGGCAAGUCUAAAAUUUUUUUAAAUAUUCUCCGCAAAUGAGGAUAUUAAUUAUUUAAUAGAAAUUGAAAUUUAUUCUUUGCAUUAUGAAAAUUGCAAUCAAACAAAUUGCGAAUAAAUUUGCAUUCAAUUUUUGGUACUUUAAAAACGAGAAAUAUUUUUGGUUUGCAAAUAUUUUGAAUUAAAUGAUAUACAAAAAGUUCAAAGAC